AUGACACCACCUCCACUUCCUCAUCCAACUUCACCACUUGCACCACCAUAUUCACUACCUUUACAACCACCGCCACCGCCACCGCCACCACAACCACCACAUCUUCCUCCUCCUCAUCCUCCGCCACCACCACCACCUCCACCAUCACCUCCUCCAACUCCACCUCCACCUCCUCCUCCUCCACCACCGCCGCCGCCACUACCACAACCACCGCUGCCACCACUACAACCACCACCACCGUCACCACCACUACCACCACCACCACCACCUCCACACCACCACCAUCACCACCUCCUCCAAAACCCCCACAUCCACCACCACCACUAUGCUGCCACUACCACCACCAUCACCACCUCCACAACCGCCAUCCCCACCACCACAACUACCACAACCACCAACUCUGCCUUCAUCUCCACCACAAACUCUACUCCAUCACUACCACUACCACCACAUGAUUAA